AUGGAUCCGCAAGGGAUAAUAUGGGCAGUGGGGAGCCUAGUUGAGGAGUUAGGGAGGGCGAAAGCCUUUUCCCUAAAGCAUUUCAAGGGUGACUCGGAUGAUCCAUGGGCGAUAUUGGCUACUUGGAGACAGAGGGUAAUGAGACGCGUGGUGAGGUCGUGGUUGCCGUCACCGAAGGGAGCGGUCAAGUUGAAUACAGAUGCCAGCGUGACGAGAGGGAAGGUAUCAGGGGGUGGCUUCCUACGGGACCAUGAGGGUAAAUUGAUCUUUGCGUUCUACAAAGAGUUCGGAGAUGUUGAUGUGCUGACUGCUGAGAGUUUGGCAUUGUUACACGGUUUGCUCUUCUGUGAUAGAGGUCGGGCUCAAAGAUUAUUGGUGGAGGUGGAUUCGGCGGGAUUGGUCCAGUUGCUAGACUCGGGGACUUUGGCGAAAUGGCCGUUAUGUAACUCAUUACGCCGGAUUCGGGGUCUGCUAAAAAGCUUCAAUGCUACAGCAAAACACAUAUUCAGAGAGGCGAACUCCGCGGCGGAUAAAUUAGCAACGACGGAUUCCCAGGAUGAUUUUUUCAGCACGUCACUCCAGCACCUCCCGAGGGAGGUUAGGGCUAUUUUACUUUUGGAUAGUAGGGGAGUCCCAGUUGUUCGUACUCAAGGUGGGAGGGUAUAG